UGUCGGUAUCUCAAUUUGUAAACUGAAUAUCACGUUGUGUUGCGUAACAUUAUUCGAGUGUUGCUUUAUUCGAUAUUAUUCAUCAAUUAAUCUGAAAGCUCGUUGACACGCAUUGUUUGCUAUUAUAACCUUGCUGCGAUAUGACGUCUCUUGUCAACGAAGGAAACGAGGUUCUCCUUGUAGCAGCAAAUGAAGUGUUGUCGGAGAAUAUUGCAGAUUUUAUUGCUGCGAUUAAGCAACGCAUAGGAAAUAUUGGCAAUUUACAAACUACGAAUUUGUCGAAUCUAAAAAAGGAAAAUCAUAAUGUAUCUAGUUUUAAUGUCAUCAUCGUCAUCUUCAAAGAACCAUGCACAAACGAUGAAUUCUUAAUAGAGGCAUUGAGAAUUCUAAAACCCAAUGGUUCACUACUUAUUUAUGAACCACUACAAGCAGAGAGGAAACUGGAUACAGUACUUACUCAUUCUGAAAGAAUAUCCAAACUAAAGUUAUCAGGUUUCACAGUAAAAGAUGUAGAACAGAAGAAAUUGGAUGAAGAUUUAGAAAGUGAAAAUCUUUUGUCGAAAGUGUAUAAUAAUACAGAAAAAAUUUAUGAAGUAUUAGCGAAUAAACCAUCAUUUGAGGUAGGUUCUAGUGUACCCCUUUUAUUUGCGAAAAAAGAAACUAAUGUGUGGAAGUUAGACGAUCCAGUAGAAGAAGAUUUAAUAGACGAAGAUGAGCUUUUAGAUGAAUCCGAUUUCAUGAAGCCAGAUGUUUCUUCCCUAAAAGUUUGUAGCACAACGGGUAAACGAAAAGCAUGUAAGGAUUGUUCAUGCGGUCUUGCGGAAGAAUUAAGUGGUAAAACUCCACAAGAAAAUACCGUUAAAUCUUCUUGUGGAAGUUGUUACCUUGGAGAUGCAUUCAGAUGUGCCAGUUGCCCUUACCUUGGAAUGCCUGCCUUUAAACCCGGAGAGAAGAUUAUUUUAUCUGAAACUCAGUUAAUCGAUUCCUGAACUUUGUGUUUUUUUUUUUCGUCAGCGAUAUAUACAACAUUGGCCAAAAUUAUUGGGCAUCCUCAUAAUCAUUAUACUGUACUGAAUCUAAUACCAAGAAAGACUUCUAUUGUUGUUUAUUAGAGUGUUCAUUGUGAAGUUGUUAGAGCUAAGAAAUGUUUUAUUUCUUUCAAAAAAUAAAUGUUACAUUGGAAAAAGUAUUUUAAUAGGGGGCUUAAUAAUUUUAGCCACGACUGUAUGUACGAUAUAAUUUAAUAGCAAUGAACAUACAUUAUUUUGAUUCGCAUGAAAAAUUGCACUGUUUCUUCAAAAUACUAUUUUAUUAACUUUAUUCCAAUUACUUUCUUUUCUAUACUUGCGUAACUGAAAAAAGAUGUAAUAAUUAUUCUUAAAAUAAAGACGUACUUAAAUUAUAAUUCGAAUCUUUUUAUCGCCCUGUGCAAGAAGAUAAAUAUAACAAUGUAGCAGUGGUAAGAGAUAAUCCAUUUUAUUCCACUUUUAUCUGUAUACAAUAGCAACCAGCAUUAUAACUAUUAUAAAGAGAUGUAAAGUAUGCAAUAUGUUUUUCGAAAUUGAUCAGAGGCUUCGAAGCGUCUGUUUUAAUUACAAGUUAAGUACAACAUAUACAAAUGUAAGUACACAUAUUUAAGAUAAAUUCUCGAACUUCUACACGGAUAAAAGAUUUCAUUCGAAGCGGUAGAUUAACGCUUUUGCAUAAAAAUAGUCUUAAAAUAUCGUUCGAUACACGAACCACGAAUUCAAGAAAAGUACGUAACAAACUUUCACGAUCCUGAUUUACCCUGAUCACUUAAACCCUGAUGUAUAAUAUAUAUAUAAAAUAGUACCAACAUGUAUUGCAUACUGUGCACCGUCAUGGCGUUAUUUUUUUUUUUUAUA